AGUUAAUUUACCCGGUUUUCAUUCUUAUAUCAUACAGAUAAAAAGUAAAAAUAGUUUUCACGAGCUAUUUUAAAUUAUUAAACGUGGAACUUUCUGCAAAUAAAUCAUUUGUCAGUGGUAUUUAUUUCGGUCUCGGCAUGCAAACUUUGGCCUUCACUGAUCAUAUGAUCACAGAUGAUCGCCAUACAACAGACGACAAAAAGGCCAUGCAAGAAUGUCCGAUUUUCUUCAGUUUCUUAAAGACCACAUCUAUGUGCCGAUUCUGGUUGGCUUAUUCAUUCUGUCCCUGAUUGUCCUCCUGAUCUGGUGGUGCUGUAGAAACAGAAAUAGGUACCUCUAUCAGCCAUUGAACAACCAUGAUGUGGCUCUGUAUGACAGAAUGUACAACAACCAGAAGCAGACAGAGGAAAAAGUACAAGACACAGCCUGGAUGAAUGCUCAGUACUACCUUAGAUCUCAUUCACAGUUCAACAAACUGGAACAGCUUAAUCAAUUAGGAAGCAGAUCUGAUAAACAUUGGUUCAGGGUCAGCGAUCAGAGAAGAAGGUCAGAUUGUCUCCUUAACACACUUCCACGCUCCGAUAAAUAUCUACUGGAGUUCGACCUAAAAACCAGAAAAACAUUAAAAGAGCUGUUUAAUCUCCUGAGGCAUCCCUACAUAUUUCCUAUGAUUGAGUUUGACUUCGUGAUUGAUCAGAAUUUUGUGGUCAUUAUUCAGCCUGUUUGUAAUAAAGGAUCACUCAAGGAUAUUAUCUAUCAGAGUCGUUAUUCCACAUCUUGGCAUGAUAAGUAUAAAGUACGAAGCCGGGGUCUAGGUAUACAACAGGUAGCAUUGUACGGAAGACAGAUUUUACAGGGUCUGUCAUACAUGGAGGAGAAAGAGUUCCCUCCCCAUGGACAUCUUCACAAUGGAAACAUAAUGGUUGAAAAUGGGGUCUGCAGAAUAACAGGGUAUGAAAACACCUUCCUUGGUAUGAAGUCCAAACUUUCUGUGAUGGCAAGAAAGAAACUAAAGGAACAGCCUGAAGCGAUUGAUGUCCUCUCCUUUGGUCAUGUGUUCUACGAGAUGUGUACAGGAUCAGAGCUUGACUCCGCCCAUCCACAACCUCAACAUCUCAGUCUCAUCAACAACGCACAAAUUGUAGGGGUGCUGAAUUUUAUCUUUGGUGUGGAGACAGGCGGGAGAUACCCUUCACUGAAAAUGAUAUUGGAACUAAGCUUCUUCAAAGCUGUAAAGUUAGUAGAGAUGGAUAAAUUUAACCCUGCAAAGAUUCAUUUGUCAAAAGAAAUGAAGAAAGCAAUCAAAACCAUCAACUCUGGAAAGAAAGUGAAGAAACUGAAAAGAACCACCUCCUCAGUUAGAAUGGAGAGAACUGAUUCCAAGACCAUGCUUCACAGUGGUGGAUCCAGACCCCCCUCACCCCCUCCACCUGGGGGCCCCCCAGUGGGGGUCCCUCCCCCUCCACCCCCACCUCCCCCACCCACAAGCCCUGGAGGACCACCACCCCCACCCCCUCCCCAGGCCCCCGCCCCUCCACCCCCACCCCCAGCCUCAUCAGGAGGGUCCUCAGGGAGGGCUGCCCUGCUGGGUGAUAUCAGGUCGGGGACUAAACUAAAGAAAACUGUGACUAAUGACAGGAGUGCCCCCAAGGUGUGAGGAACCGGGGCAAGGAUCACACAGUGAUGGCAACUAAAAUGAAAUGGAAAAAAAUGAUGCAUAUUUUCAACUGCUUGAUAGUGUGCAACCAGUAUUCUUUUUUUUUUGUAUUGUGUAACUUGACUACUGGUGGGUAUUUAAAUAUUCAACAUCAUUUUUUUCAAAACACAGGAAUUCAAUUGAUGGAAGUCUAUGGCCCAGUUUUUUGCAAAAUUUGGAAAUGUAAAUACACUGCAUUCACAUUUGAACUAGUGCAAUGUAAUGGCAUUACUGUUUAUGAUGUUGUUUUUUAAGCCUCAUGUGCAAUAUGAAUUAUUGAUUUAUGUAUUUUAUCAAAUUUGUUGUUAACUCAGAUGCAUUGUUAUUGAGUGUAUUAUUUAUAAAAUAUACUAUACAUGUAUUCCUAUUAUUGAUAAAUAUACUAUAUUCCUAAUGAGGAUUUUUAAGAGAAUACAAAUAACUUAUUUUAAUAACUUAUCUAAUGGUAUAAAAAGGACUUUUACUGUCUCAAGGCUUUGAUUGAUCUUUAUAUUCUUCUGAUCAAGAUCAAUCAUCAUAUCUAUAAGUUAAUUUUAUUGUGAUUUUUUGCUCUAAAAUAA